CAGGACAAGGAAUAUGAAAGCAAGAUUACGCCAUUCAUCCUUGAAAGCCAAUCUUGACAAAGACAAUAAGGAGUACAUGAAUACCUUGAGGGAGUCGAUCAUCCUGAAACAGAGUCGAGCUGAACGCAACCUGAGCAACCAGCAAUGGCUGCAGGAACACGAGAUCAAACUCCACAGGGAGAAGGAGGAGUCACUGCAGGAGAAGAGCCGGCAGCUGCGUCAGGACAUCGAGGACGAGAAUCUCCAGUGGCAACGGCAGCUGAUGUACCAGUCACUGACAGCCCAAGAAAGAGCAACCCAACAAGCCAACGAAACUGUUCAGUCCAGAGCCAACAGGGCCCGUCUGGCGAGGAGGUCACGAGAGUUGACUCAAAGGGAAUUGCGGAGGAGAGUUGAGGAAGACGAGGCCCUGGAUCGGGAGCACACCAGGAUGAACCUGGCCUACAAGGACAUGAAGAGCCAGUCUGUGGCCGCCCAGAAACAGGAGGUCAUCCAGAGGUCGAGGGUCAUCGCCAUGGAAUCGGCCAAGCUCAGGGAUCAGAUCAGGCAGCAGUACCUAGGGUCUUUUGAUCAGAUGGCAAAGAGGGCGGAGCUCCUAUCCAGCCUCGGCAGGGGACCUCAGAUGUCCACUAAGAACUACACCACCUUCUCUCUGACCUGACCUCUGCCCGGGAGUGACUCAGGUCACAUCCACCUGGAGGAGCUUUGUGUUAGAACUUUCAAGGUAACGAGUGAAAAAUAGACUUGGUAUGACAGUACACCUGUUGGGUUGUGUACACUAAUGGAAGCCAAAAGGCCAUGGACCCACCAGCCUAGUGAUGUUUAUUAAAGUGAGAGUGAUU